CCCCCUCUCUCCCCCUCUCUAUCUCUCUCCCCCUCUCUCUCCUUGUGUCUGCAUCAUGGCGCUAGGUGUGAUGCACACGGCUCAGGGCCAAAGCAUGGCUGCAUUGACUGUGAACCGGUGCGACAAGAGACAUGUGCGCGACGCGUGGUGGUCGCAUGGUGUGGGUGCUUGUGGUGGUGGCGACGCUGACGCCGCCGCUGCUGCUGUUGUCCAUGCUGCCGUUCCCGCCGGCGUGUGCCGAGCUACCACCGCUGGAAGAGGAGCCGGAGAUGCCCGACUUCAACCUCGGCGACUUUGACACAAGGGUGCGCCUCCCCAUCCCGCAGUUUAUCAAGGACGAGCUUCCACAAGACCUGCUGGACAAGCUCACAGACGAAGACAUCCUCGCCAUUUCAUCGCGGCAACUGGCGCGGACAAGUGGUAUGGAAAUGGUGCCACGCGACGGAAGACAGCGUCGGGAGUACAAGUUUGGCGAGUGCGAGACCAUGGACAUGAACAACGUGGACGACUGCGCCCAAGUCUGCAUGCAGAGGGGCUACACCAGCGCAGCCUUUUACACCGCGUCGCCGUUCAAUGUGUGCACGUGUAGCGUGAGUCCUUCUGGGUAUUCCACGCACUACUGCGGCCCACAGCUCAUGGCGCUGUUCCGGCCAAAGGGGUUCCCCCGCAGCUUCUACGGCCGAUACAUCAGGACGAAUGACGGGGCGCGGAUUGCGGCGUCCGACAUUCCCAUGAGCGGGAGCGACUACAACGUGAUGGACUUUGGCGCAGAGUGGCCCGCCAACAUCUCGCUGGGAGACCACGGCUACCCCGUGUGGCCGAGCGAGGAAGAGCGCCUGGCGUUUAUGGACGGCCUCAAGAACGGCAGCCCAGACGUCGUCGAGACCCCACCGCCACAAGCAGAUGACGACGCUGCUGCUGGCGAUGGUGGUGGUGGCGAUGGUGGUGGUGGAGAUGACGAUGCUGUUACUGCUGCGGGAGAUGACGAUGCCAGUGCGACAGACGGAGGUUGACCAGUGCGCUUCUGUGUGUGCGUGUUGUGUGUGUGUGUGUGUGUGUGUGUGUGUGUGCGUGUGUUGUGUGUGUGUGUGGUGUGUGUGUUGUGUGUUGUGUGUGGUGUGUGUGUGUGUUGUGUUUUGGUGUGUUCAAACUUUUUGCGGCAGACAUUAAACACGAGUUUUUCCGAGA